UCUUAGCUCUCAACAUCUUCUCUUUAAUCAACAACAAAGAACUUAAGAUCAGGAAAAAAUGGCACCAUCCUUCCGUGUUCGUUCUAACAGUUUCCCUUCUAGACUUCACCCACAAGCUGCUCAUGUCGAUGAGCAGUUGUCUCGUUUGAGAUCGUCUGAGGAAGCCUCAACAUCUUCUAGCUCCUCUAUCUGUAAAAGACUUGACAACAUUCAAGAGCUACACGAGUCUCUUGACAAGCUUAUCCGCCUACCAGUUACCCAACAGGCUUUAGCUCAAGAGCAGAAUAAGAAAGCUGUCGUGAAACUUCUUGACGGAUCUCUCAGGAUCUUGGAUUUGUGUAACAUUUCCAAGAAUGCUUUGUCGCAGAUGAAAGAAGGUCUCAUGGAGAUCCAAUCCAUGCUACGAAGAAAGCGUGGGGAUCUAUCAGGAGAGGUCAAGAAAUAUUUAGUCUCAAGAAGAUCCAUAAAGAAGUCAUUCCAAAAGGUCCUCAAGAGUUUAAAAAUCAAACAAGACCAACAAGAGUGCAAUGACAAAUCUCUUGCUAUGUUUGGAGAAGCAGAAGCUGUUACAAUGGCUCUUUUUGAUUCUCUAUUAUGCUACAUGUCUGGAUCAAAGACUUGUGACAAAUGGUCACUCGUCUCAAAGCUAAUGAACAAGAACAAGGUUUCAAGUGAGACGCAAGUAAAUGAAUUCACAAGAGUUGAUUCCGAAUUCCAGUUCGAGAAGACAAUGAAGAUGGAUGAUGUUCAGAUCCUAGAAUCAUGCAUUCAAGAUUUUGAAGAUGGACUUGAAUCUCUGUCCAAGUCGAUGAUCAAAUACAGAGUCUCAAUUCUUAACAUCUUAGGCCACUAAUGCCUAUUAAUUUUGUACAUAUAUAA